AUGUCUAGCGAGGCCCCUGCUGCUCCUAUAGCUGCUCACUCGCUCGCUUCAUCCGCUCCUCAGGCUCAAUUCGGCUUUGACAUUCUCCAAAAGAAGCCCGACGGCACCACUGCCCCCACCCUCGAGCAGCAGUCUACUCAGCCAGAAGCCAACACCGCCUCCGAACACACCACCUCCGAACAUACCACCUCUGAGCACGCCACCUCUGAGCAUGCCACCUCCGAGCAGGAUGCUGCUGCCGUUGCUGCUGCUGCUGCUGACGCAUCCAGUGCUGCUCAGACCAUCACCGAGCUAGCCACCGCUGCUACCAACGCUGCCAACGGCCCUACUCACGCCUCCACUGCUGAUGCGGCGGCCGACCAGUCCGAAGGUACUACCGGCGAUGCUAAGCCCAACGCCGAAGGCCAGGCAGACGCACAACAACAGCAAGACAAUGCCGACGCCUCCACCUCGGGUCUCCCACGCAAGGUCGAGUCCGAGCUCCGCGAAAUCUACUCUGUCUCUUCUGCCAUCGCCAACUUCUGCGUCGCUCACGUCAACCAAGUCAAUGUCCCCACCCCACAAAAGGUGCGCAACAUCAUCCAGAAGGCUCUCAAGCUCACUUCUUCCCUCAGCAUGCUUCUCGCCCAGCCCGAGGUUGCUCUUCGACAACUCGAUGCCGACGAACAUGGCAAGCGACCUGCCGAAUCCAAGCUCGACUCGGCUCGCAAGCGUCAACGCUCUUUCGACUGGGAUGACAACAAGUUCGGUGCUGGUGGCAUGCCCAUGGCUCCCUUCACUCCCAACUCUGGCAUGCGUGUCUUUCCUGAUGGUUCCUUGCCUACUUCCUUCCCCUCUCCUGGUAUGGAUGGAGACAUCAAGGGUCCUCAGUACAAGAAGCGUAGUCGUGCCCCCGCUCCUGGCUCUUGCCAGGCUUGUGCCACCAGUGAAACCCCGGAAUGGCGUAGAGGUCCCGAUGGUGCACGAACCUUGUGCAACGCUUGUGGUCUCCACUAUGCCAAGCUCGUGCGUAAGCGAAUGCAGCAGGAAGGUGGAGAAGAGCCUUCGCCCAGUCAAGCUCCUCCUCAGAUCAGCCUGGUUAGCUUGGAGGAGUUGAGGGCUAGCACCAAGAGUGCCGCUGAUGCUGCUGCUGCCGCUUUGACUCCUUCCGCUUCCAGCAGUUCGCUCAAUGCAACACCGAUCAAGGUCAACAUGAAUGAGCCUUGGAACACGCCUAGCAAGCCUCCUCGUGUCCCCUCUUUGUUGGGUGCGGCUACUGUUCUUGCUCCUCAGUUGCAAGGACAGGCUGAGGUGAACAACAAUCAGCAGCAGCCUCCUCCUUCUCCUCCUUCUCCUCCUCCUCCUGCGCCUGUCGGUGGAGAGCAACAGCAGACUGCUGGCAUCCUUGAGCCUGCUCCUGCUCCUACGCCCGCUGGUUCUGCUCAGCAUGCUCUCUCGGAGCCUGUCAUUGCUCCUGAACUCACUGGAGAAACUGGUGGUCUGAAUCAACAUGCUCCUAUGCAGACUGACCAGUAA